CUACCAUCGUGGAUUACAGAUUUUGUAGAAGGGAAAGACGGGCAUCACAAUCGCAGUGUAACCACGAGGCUUAUCUGAUCGAUCGUCAAGGCAGCACGGGACAGCUCCAUCACGUGAUGCGCGGCCGCCGCAUCGAAGCUGCGAGAGUCCGGAGAAGCAAGCCGAAGUCAACAUCUCAGCCAGACCUCUGCGCUGCUUCCUCCUCCACAAUCACCCUUUUAUUCGCCUGGCGCUUUCUCCCCGCGGCAGUCACAUCAGUCUUCAAGUCAGCCUACGGAAAGCAGGGUUACUCGGCCGUUCACCCCAAUUUGAGGAGCAAAACGCAGCGUCGAAGUAUUUGCUGCACGUCGGACUACUAGCCUGAACCUGGUGGACAAUUGGCAUUCGGCCCUUUUAGGAACGCUGACUAUCCUUGUGAUCUUUCUUUCACGGCCCCAAUUCGAAUAGACGAA